UGGAGGUUCAACAGGUUUGUAAAUACACUAAUCACAUACAUUCCAUGGUUCACAAAGAACAUUUCCUUGGCACCCAUUCGACUUCCGUUACGGGGCAUGGCUAUGAAAUGCGGCAAUGCCUCAUACAUGGCUAACCACCACCAGCUAGAACUACAUACACCAAAAGCUGAAUCGAUACAAGGUUAUGGACAGCUUACCUGGCUAUCUGGCAAAGCUGGUCUGAUAACGUGCAAGAAUAAAAUGGUGAUAUCGUUCCAGAUAAAGGACUUUUGCGAUCAGAUGCUUACGGACCUCACAUCUGUACUCCGUGUUGGUUUUACACUGUCGUUCCAAGCGUCGCUCAAUGAAACCAAUGAGUACACUGCCACAUUAGUACAUCCAUUAUAUGGACCAGAAGCAGAGCAAGUAUUUCUCAAUGCACCUGAAGUAGAUUUGGAAAAGGCAUGUCCUACACCGCCAAAUUCCAAGGACGCCUAUUCACCAGUGAUUGAGGCAAGAGCUAUUCCAGCUCUAUUGGGCAUUUUUCAACGUCAUGCUCUUACACAGAUUCACUUGCAUUCCCAGAUGUCGAAUUGUGCAGAUGAAGAGCUGUUCCGUUACGUUGGUACAUCAUCUCUAAAACGCCGCCAGUUUGUCGAACGUCGUACCCACCUCUUCCGUCUCACACCAGAGGAUAACAUAGCAUUACAGGUAAAUACAUACUUGUGCCCCAUCACAGUCUAUUUGUGCGUACUUCGUCUUGCAUCCUACCUCUUACGUCGUGGUGGUGCAACUGCCAUUCAAUGCCUCUACGAUUACUUCAUUGGACCAGAGAUGGCCCCCGAGAUACGUGAACAAAUUGGCGAAAAGUUUCUGAAUCUCGUAGUUGGCCACCCAUGGAUUUUCGCUUUGUUCCCGAAUCGUACAUAUGUAUCCGUGCGCCGUAACUUGCCUCAUUAUGAUUAUCCCGUUAUAUGUCUGUUGCAACUCAAAUACUUAUCCUUUCAGCAUUUUCCCGAUUUGGAUGUGCUGCGUCCAUCAUCAGCUCGUGGAUACGGACCUCGACCAAUUGCUCGUUCGAUGUCUGCUCAUCAGCCUCUAGUUCAAGCCCUUUCAAAUAAUCGCAGUGCUGCCGUGGGUGGACCAUUAGUGCAGGCCGGAAACCGUCCUGUGUCUCUUUGGGAAAGCAGAAACAGCAUGCCGCAGGUAUGA